UAAAAUGGCGCUGGUUCGAGGGCGGGCUCGCGCGCUCUAGCCUGGGCCUCCAGGGCGCUCUAUGGUCCCGAGGGCGAGCGCGUCCCUGGCGGGGCCUAGGCCAGCGCUGCUGGCAGUGGCGCCCGCUUCCUGAGGCGAGCGAGCGAGCGGGCGUGCCGUCGCCUCCUCCGCCUCCGCGGGUGGUUUCUUUCCUGUGCCGAGGCCGAGGCUCCGCUCUGAGGCGGAGUAUGGAAGAAGCACACAAAACCAGUAACAAUUCAGCAUCCUCUCCACAAACAGCAGUGUUACAAGGUACCACUCUCCAAGCCACUCAACUUUCUCGUGUUUCUCAACAGAUGUCUCUUAGAGGUUCAACUCCUCUUGGAGCUUUCACAAAAUCUGUACAACUUUGUGGGGAUCAAGUCCAGGGAGUCAUUCAUUCAGCUCAAGCUUCCUCCGUCAUUCAUUCGCCCCAAGGGCAAUCGGUGCAGGUGUCUUUGUCUGAAAGCGAUGACUCACAAGAUUCCUCAGAUAGUAUAGAUUCUUCACAGAAAGCCAGGGAUAUUCUUGUGCGCCGUCCAUCGUACAGAAAAAUCUUCAAUGACCUUUCUUCUGAAGAUACACAUAAUAGGAAAGGAGAUGAGGCAAAUCCCAGUGUCUCCACUGUCACGUCUAUGUCUGUCUCUGCACCCGUUUACCAGACCAGCACGGGACAAUACAUUGCCAUUGCUCCAAAUGGACCAUUACAGCUAAAUAGCCCAGGAACAGAGAAUGUGCAGAGUUUACAGACAAUUGCAAAUGCUGGUGGGACUCCAUUAUUACAGUAUGUGCAAACGUCUAACGGUCAACAGAUAUUUGUGCCAAGUAACCAGGUAGUAGUGCAAACAGCCUCAGGCGACAUGCAGACAUAUCAGAUACGGAGCACCCCAAGCACUGCUUCCCUCCCGCAGACAGUGGUCAUGACAUCUCCCAUCUCCUUGACAUCGCAGUCAUCCAAGACAGACGAUCCACAGUUGAAACGAGAAAUUAGGCUCAUGAAAAACAGAGAAGCUGCUCGCGAGUGCCGCCGAAAGAAGAAGGAAUAUGUGAAAUGCCUUGAAAAUCGAGUUGCUGUCCUUGAAAACCAGAACAAAACCCUAAUUGAAGAACUAAAAACACUGAAAGAUCUUUACUGCCAUAAAAAUGUGUAAGAAGAAGAGAACAAGGCCUUUUUGUGAACAUCAGAAUUUUCAGAGGGAAUUUUUUAUAUUAUUUUUUUAAACAUUAGGAUGGAAAGUCAAAAAUGAGUUUCUUCUCAGAUUCAUCAACCUAGAAAGGUAAGAUUUUAUUUAGAAGCCAUUUGUGCACAAAAGUGAAACAUGAAGCCUCUUGGAAGACUUCUGGCACAACUGGAAUCGCCAUUAGAUCGGAAUCAGUGGACAUGCGCAGAGAUGGGACUUCUUCAGAUACAGUUGAUUGUAGUGCUGUUACAGAAGAGCUAAAUCUUUUAUCUUCUGCUGUCAAAGUCUAUCAGUGUGUUUGGUCAGGUUCAAAUCUCUUAAAUCUCUGAUGGUCAGUUGUCCUCAGCCCCUUCACUUCUGGGCUCUUUUCUGCAGGUUGAACACCCAGAUGGCAGCAGUGUUUGUCUUUGCUCCUGCCUGCCACCUGUGUGUUCAUUGUAUGCUUGAGAAAGGACCCUGACAGGAAGAGGGUUUUUCUAUUAUUGUAUGUAUAUGUAUAUAUAUAUUUUUGGCUUAACUGUAAAUUCUAAUCUGUGUCAAGAAGAUAGAGGCCACUACUAUGAUAGAAGUAUAUAUUUGCAUUUAACAGUAUGAUUUUUAAAAAAGAAAUGUGUGCUGUGGUUAUCAGUGUUGGUAAAGGUAGUGGGACUCUUUCUUGCCAGAAGCACAUAGAGACUGGUUAUGAAGGGUGUUUUCCCCCCAAAAAACAGAUGACAUAUCACUGCUGAUACCAAUGUUUUGAUUUUUGUAAUGAAAUAACAGAAUUGCUGAAGAGCGCAGGUUGAGCAUUCCUUACCCUGAAUUCCAAAAUCAUCCGCAUGGGUGGCUGAGAUAAAGACACCUUUGCUUUCAAAUAGUUCAGUAUACAUCAGCUUUGUUUCCUGGACAAAAUUAUUGAAACUGUUUUGUAUAAAGUAUAUGUGAAGCAAAUGAAUGUCAUGAUUAGACUUGAAUCCCAUCUCCAAAAUAUCCCAUUAUAAGCCCACAAUCUGAAAAAAAUCUAAAAUGCAGAACAUUUCUGAUCCCAAGCAUUUCAAAUAAAGGAUGCUCAACCUGUUUUUACAAAGGGCUAUUUCUGUUUAGUCACUGAAUAGGAUUCGCCCCGUCCCCAGAUAAACAGAAAUGAUUGUUAAGGCAGCAGGUGUCAUAUGAUGUUUGAAGAUCUUGUUCUGCUUGCAUUGCAGCAAACUCCCCUUGCUUGGCCCUGUGAUAAAACACAUUGACUGGAAUCCCAUUUGAGAGUUAGGAAUGCAGAAGCACCCUAGUUACAGAACAACACAGGGACUCCCAGCCAGAUUUCCCCAAUCCUUAUUAACUGGGAAGCAGCCAGUGUGAUCAAUGAGGAUCUCUUCCCCUUUUAGUUGGAAAGCAGCUAACUGACUCUCCCUCCUCCUUCUGUGAGUGGUCUCCAUUGCAAGAGGCCGGAGGAAGGGUCCCUCCUGCUAGUCUUGUUCACACAAGAUUCCCAUCCCUCCCAGUGGCCGCUCGCUAGUAAGUGGAGGUUUUGGGAGGCUUUCACUGCCUUUAUGCAUCCCUUAAACUAGGGGCUACUGAGGGAUCUUAAAUACAGCACAAGUACAGACUCCAGGCUUUACAUUUGUAACUGCCCAACAGGAUUCCAGCCAACACAUUCAAAAUAAUAUACCAAAGGUAAAAAUCUUAACAUGUUAUACUCAGUUAACAAGAUUUCAUUUGGAAACUUGACAGUAAUUUGUUGAAAUAACCCCAGUUUUUAUAAAAUAGUAAUCCAGUUGAAGUAAGACACUGGAUAUAUUUUUUAUAAUUGAAGUAUUACUUUUCCAAAGUCUAUAAAAUUAAGUUUAUAUGAAUAUUUUAAAUAUUUAUACACCUUCAGUAAAUAUUUUUCCCUUUCAGAUUUUCAACUCUAUUUUUAAGAGAUGCUCAAGAAAAUAAUUACCUAUUUCUAUAUAUUCAUUUGGCAUAGUUUAAUUAAGAGAUGAUACUUUAUUGGUGUGCACAGAAGAAUUACACAGGUAUCUGCACUCACUAUAAAGAUGUCAGGGAUUAUGAUAAUGUAAUUUUGGUGUCAUAUUUCUAGAAAUGUUAAAGGAUCUUUUGCUGUUCACUGGAUUCUUGACUGCACAAUGACCAUUAAAUUAACAAAUAUUGCCUUACCCUACUUAAUGCUGAAUUGUUACAAUGGUGUCCUUUGAAAUGUUGCCAUUUACAUGUAAACUGCUAGUGCAAACCUUGUUAGAAAUACUGGACGUCUUGAGAUUAUUAUGACAAUCAUUCCAAUGACAGUCUUAUUAAAUCAUUCCUUCUAAUACCAAA